AUGUCAGACUCGGGCCCGAGACCAUCAUCAGCUCCAACAGUCAAUCCAUUACACUAUGAUUACAACAACAUGAACAACAACAACAGGAAGAUGAAUCAACAGAUAGAGGCUAACUUUGUUAGCUUCAUACCGAACAAUCGAGAUCAUUACAACGCGAACAACAACAACGGCAACAUGCACACUGUACACACUCCACCUUUGAUAGCACCAACGUUCACUCGACCACAGUCAACAAGCUUGCAGCCAUCACCCUCCAACCAACCAGUUCGAGGGCGUUCAUCCAGCAACGCUUCACCAAUCUCCCCCUCCCUCUCAUCAUCACCAUCAAAGGGCAGCAUCAGCAGCAGCACAAGUGUCAGUGGCAGCGGCAGUGGCGGUUUGGAGAAUACAUCAAGUCGACCUCCAAACCGACCGCCACCACCCGCACCCACAAAGGGUGCCAAGCCUACACAAGGCAGUGCGAUUACCAGCAGCACUACAUCUACGGCUGUCUCCACCACACCUGCUUCAUCUGCGGGCACGCCUACUACGCCCUCAAAGACAUCAAAGACAUCAAAGACACCCACACCAAAGAAGAAUGAUCAGCCGACCAACGGAUCAUGGGUCUCCAACAUAUUCAAGAAGUUGACCUCCUCUAGCGUGGACCUGAGUGAGAUCAAGUGGGACACACGCAAGACUAACGGACAAAUCAUCAAAGUGGAGGAUAAUUUGAACAUAUCCUACAUCAGCCCGCACAGUGGCCAGAUUGGUAUUGCAAGGGCAUCGGUCGGAUUCUCAAACUCAUUCAACUAUUUUGAGAUACUCAUCACAGGCAAGGAGGGCAAGAUAUGCUUUGGACUGUCGAGCGGAGAGCAUCCUCUCGACGUGUUUCCAGGAUUUGCUCAAGGAUCAUAUGGAUACUACUGCGAUGGCAAGGUAUACUUGGGCAAUGCUACACCUACAAACUAUGGACAACCUUUCUCAAGCGGUGACCUUGUGGGCUGUGGAGUGGACAAUAACAAGUCAUUGUACUUUACCAAGAAUGGAGUGUACCUGGGCACAGCCUGCAAGAAGGUCCAUGUGUCUGGUCACCUCCCAACGGUGGGCAUGCAGUCGGCUGGCGAAUCCAUCGUGGGCUACUUUGCACCACCCUUCCGUUACAACCCGACCGAGAAGCAGUCGCCGCCCGUGCAGCCGGCGGCCACCGAGGAUCUGAUACCAAAAGACGAACUGGAGCAGGAGCAAUGGAGCAGCAAUCGAUGCGCGCCCUUCAUUCAGGUGCGCGAGCGCUCAGCUCGCAUCAGCACGCGGUUCUCACACAACAAUGUCAUUGGCAUCGUGCAGAGCACGCACCCCGUCCAUGAAGGCUCGUUCUUCUACUUUGAGGUGACUCUGGAGAACGUCAAGGGCAAGAUGGUGUCGGUGGGUCUGGCCGGCGACGACUACCCCCUGACAGAGAGUCAUGUCGGCUGGAAGGGACGAUCGUACGGCUACCACAGCGACGAUGGCCGCAAGUUCAAAUGGCACAACGACAUCUCCAACACGAACAGGGGAGAGUCGUACGGCCCCAGCUUUGGCCAGGGCGACACCAUUGGUUGUGGCGUCGUCUCGCAUCAGAUGUUCUUCACCAAGAACGGCACGUUCCUGGGCCUGGCAUUCUCGGACGUCUAUGGCCAGCUGUACCCUACAGUCGGCUUCAAUGAGCCUGGCGACUGCAUCACAGCCACGUUCUCAGCGCCCUUCAAGUUCCAGCACCUCGAUCAAAUGGUCGAGAUCCCGACGCCACUCAUUAUAUCAAGCAAUGGCUCAGUUGGCAGCAGCUCAAACAGCAUAUCAAACAGCGUGAGCUUCAGUAGUAUUGUGCACCAGGAUGACGGCCAGCAGACAACGAUCUUCCCGUCCAAGUCCAUGCCCUCGCUCUCGUCACUCGAGCACGUCCCACUACCGCCAAUACGCGCAGCUUCCCCACACUCUUACUCCCUGCCUGGCGCAGGCGCUCCAAUCAGUUCAUUUUCCUCGCUGUCAUCAUACUCAUCGUCCAACGGAUCACUGUCAUCUUCUUCCUCCAACUCAAUCCCGCCGCCCAACUACAGCAGCCUCCAUCCCAACAGCUUCACAAACAGCAAUGCCGCCAACAGACACUGUAUAUCACUGCCUUCGGCAGCCAGCAACACGACUACGCUGGCAUCCUCAAUGUCUUUCGGCUCCACUUCGCCUUCUUCCUCGCCCAAGUCAUCGUCGCCACGCAAGAUACUCAACUCGUCGGACGAGCUCACCUUUGUACAGCAGUUCCAGGAUGUCGACGGACAACCGCCAUCGGCGUGGCGCCGCUAUGGCUCGUCAAUCAGCUGCAAGGACGACACGACUCUCUCGAUGGCCAAGUUCAUCAAGAAGACAGGCGCGGCCAUUGCCAACCGGCCGUUCCCAUCGUCGACGACGACGCUCUGCUACUUUGAGGUGUACAUUGAGGGCUUUUACAAGAAGUCCACCGUCAGCAUCGGCCUUGCGCACGCGCAGUAUCCCCUGGACAAGCAUAUCGGACGCAUGCCCAUGUCGUUUGGCUAUUGUAGCACGGGCGAGAAGUUCGGCUACAACGGCAAGUUGGGCGACCUCUACGGCCCCACAUUCACAUCGGCCAGCAUGGAACCAGUUGUCAUUGGCUGUGGCAUCAACAACACGACUCGCGAGAUCUUCUUCACACGCAACGGAGAGUAUCUGGGCGUGGCCUUCUGGCGAGUUCCGACAGCCAAGCCUCUGUACCCAGCCAUCUCGAUGAAGCAUCUGCUAGGCGGCAUGGCAGUCACAUCAUUCUCAGCACCGUUCAAGUUCAACUUUGACCAGCUGCCAGGCGUGUCACCUUCGUACUGGACGGAGAGCCUCGGCCCGGAUCGAGGCAACAAGGGCUUCCUCUGCUGGACACCCAACGACGUGGCCGUCUGGCUGGACGCUAUUGGCAAGGGCCAGUACCAAAAGGUCUUUUGCGACAACAACAUCAAGGGCCGCCAUCUUCUGCUGUUCACCAUCGAGAAUCUCAAGAGCGAGCUAGGCAUCGAGAUCUUUGCGCAUCGUGCCGACAUUAUCGAGCGCGUCAAUCAUAUGAUCGAGAUAUGGAAGGACCGCGGCGGCACGAUCCAGAUCAGCGACAACACCAGCGAGAGCUCGGACGACGAGCGCCUCAAGAAGCGAUGGCCCGACCAACAGUCGGGCAGCUUCGAGAUUGCCCACUCACAGGGCAUACUUCGUCCGGUCAAAAUCUACUCUCCACACCAGCUGGAAGACCGCACGAGAAGGAGCACGAUCAGUGGCGGAGAGAGUCCGAACAAACAGCGUGGCAAGCAUGGUGGUGUGCGCUCAAGGAACAUCGGCGCCAGCGAGGAUAGUCCGUUUGAAGAGGAGCGCCAGCCCACGUCCAUGACGCUCUCAGUCGAGCAGGUGCGCUACCUGAUGGACAAGAAGGUUGACGAGUUCGAGGUGCAGUCCAGUCGGCCGCAUUUCCACACGUUCACGCCGCAGCACAUUAAUGUACAGUCGAUUAAAACCAGCAACAGCAGCAGCAGGAGCAACAGUCCAACCUUCAACCUACCGCCAAUCGUCCACCAACAACAGCAAAAUCUGCCGCCGUUGAUGCCUACGCACACGUCAUCGCCAAUGUGGGGCGCCCCAGUGGCCCAAUCACAAGAGAUGCCUCCUCCACAGUCAUUCGAGUUGUCGUCAUCGCCCAAGCCCAACUCAAUCAUCAAGUCAUCACAGCCACCUCUAUCACAGUUCAGCUCAAGCUCGAGUCCAUGGGAUGGCAACAGUGUCAGCAGCUCGUUGGGUCUUAGUCCCGAGUAUGAGAUCGACUUUAGUGAGCUAGAGUUUGGUCCAGUGCUAGGCAAAGGAUUCUUUGGCGAGGUGAAACGUGGAUACUGGAGAGAAACAGAUGUAGCCAUCAAGACCAUCUAUCGCGAUCAGUUCAAGACCAAGUCCUCCCUGGAAAUGUUCCAAAACGAGGUGUCAAUUUUAAGUAAGGUGAGACAUCCGAAUGUGGUACAGUUCCUGGGUGCAUGUACGGCAAUCAGCAGCGAGCAAUGUAUUGUGAUUGAGUGGAUGGGCGGUGGCAGCCUGCGAGAGUUCUUGGACAAUCACUUUGAUAUCCUGGAACUGAAUCCCAAGCUUCGACUAAAGAUAGCACUCGACAUUGCCAAGGGCAUGAACUACCUGCACGGCAGGACGCCGCCCAUUUUGCAUCGGGACCUGUCGUCACGCAACAUCCUGCUGGACAACCCGUUGGACACACGCGACUCAUACAAGGUCAGCGACUUCAAGUGCAAGAUCUCGGACUUUGGCCUAUCGCGACUCAAGAUGGAGCAGAGCUCUGCCAUGACAGCAUCAGUUGGCUGCUUCCUCUACAUGGCGCCAGAGGUGUACACUGGCGAGGCCAACAGCGAGAAGAGUGACGUGUACUCAUUCUCGAUGGUGCUUUGGGAGUUGAUCACGGCCAAAGAGUUGCAGCAGAUGGAUAUGAACCCGAUGAAGAUGGCCAAUCUGGCUGCCAACGAGAACUAUCGUCCCGUGCUACCAAUGACCACGAGCACCAAGUGGAAGGAACUGAUCGCCAGCUGCUGGGAUGCCAACCCAGCCAACAGACCCACCUUCCGCCAGAUCAUCAUUCAACUGAAAGAAAUGGAGGAGCAAGGUGAGUCCUCCUACGCACCGAUCCCUGUAUCAAACGUUGACAUUGGCUUCUAUGGAUAG